AUGCCAGGCACGCCCAGCAUUUCAGAGAUCGACCUCGAGGCUGGCUCGAUCCGAUUAGCGCCCAAGACGGCAGAGAGCGAACCGCAGGAGAGCGACUCGGAGACCAUUGUCGUCGAUGGCUCGUCGCUGCGACGGCCGAGAGCACCAUCGCCCGUCCCGAACCAAACCGACGCGGAUGCGGAUCCAGACUCGCGAUUCAUCGUGGACUGGGGAGAAAACGACCUGGAGCAGCCCACGAAAUGGAGCAGCUUCAAGAAAUGGAAAAACCUCUGGAUCGUCAGCGCCAUCACGUUUAUCACACCUCUCGCAUCCUCCAUGUUCGCACCCGGCGUACCACAGCUGAUGAAGGACUUCAACUCCGACGACCGGAUCAUCUCCUCUUUCGUCGUCUCGGUGUAUAUCCUUGGUUUCGCCAUCGGGCCUCUAAUCAUUGCGCCCAUGUGCGAGCUCUACGGCCGCAAGAAGCUGUACCAGUGCUGUAACGUCCUCUUCUUCAUCUUCACCAUCGCCUGCAGCGAGGCGACGAACCUGCAUAUGCUCCUCGCCUGCCGCUUCUUCGCUGGCUGCGCAGGCGUGGCCCCCUUGACCAUCGGGGCCGGCUCGAUUGGUGACCUGAUGGUGGCCGAGAAGCGCGGAGGCGCGAUGGCCAUCUUCUCAGUGGGACCUCUGCUAGGCCCGAUAAUUGGUGCUUCUAAACCUGUUUUCACUCCUAUAGCAUGCCCCAUCGCAGGCGGCUUCAUCACCCAGGGCAUUGGCUGGCGCUGGGUCUUCCGCAUCCUGGCCUCGUGCUCCCUCGUCGUGACCUUCGUCUCCCUCUUCUUCCUCGACGAGACGUACUCGCCGACGCUGCUCGCGCGACGGGCCGCCUCUCUGCGCAAGCAGCACUCGGAACCGGCCUACCGCUCCAAGUACGCCAGCGACCUCCCGGCCGGCACCGUCUUCGCCAACGCGCUCAAGCGGCCCCUGAAGAUGCUGUUCAUGUCCCCCAUCGUCGCGCUGCUGAGCAUCCACGUCGCCUUCGUCUACGGAUUGCUCUAUCUCUUGUUCACGACGCUGACGCCGGUCUUCAUCGGUAUCUACGGCCUCACAACUGGAACGGCGGGCCUGAUGUUCCUGGGGCUGGGCGUCGGCUCCAUCCUGGGCGUCAUGGUCAUCGGGGGCACCUCCGACAAGAUCUACAUGCAUUACCAGGCGAAGAACGGCGGCGUGGGCAAGCCCGAAUUCAGACUGCCGGCGCUGAUGUACUGCAGCUUGUUCGUGCCCGUGGGCCUGUUCUGGUACGGCUGGAGCGCGGAGUCCGACAAACACCUGCUGGUGCCCAUCUUCGGCACGGUGCUGAUCGCGUUUGGGAUGUUGAGCGUCAUGGUCCGUACUAGUUUCCUUCACAUCCACCCCUAUACCAUCCAUCCCCACGGAUCUCAUUCCCGAAACCCCCAUCCCUCCCUCACACCUCCUUGGUGCCAAUUCCGAAUCUCAACUGACUCGUCUCCCUCCUCCCUCUCAAAGCUCCCCGUGCAGUCCUACCUCGUAGACGCCUACACGCAAUACGCGGCCUCGGCCGUCGCCGCCGUCACCAUCCUCCGCUCCCUGCUCGGCGCCCUGCUGCCGCUGGCUGGGCAGCCCAUGUACGCCGCGCUGGGCUUCGGUUGGGGCAACACGCUACUGGGCUCCGUGGCCCUGGCUCUGGUGCCCGUCCCGUGGGUCUUCUGGCGGUACGGCGAGCGGAUCCGGGGAAAGAUGACGGUGAGUCUGGACUGA